CCCCUCCGGGGAGGUGGGCGUGGCCUCAUGAAUAAUGAAUCGGCAGGGGGAGGGGCCGGCCCCGCCCCCUCGGGCGGGAAGGGGGAAGCGCCGAGCUGCCUGCCUGGAAUGAGGGUAGCAGCGGCGACUGCGGCGGCGGGAGCGGGACAGACUAUGGCGGUGUGGACGCGGGCCACCAAAGCGGGGCUGGUGGAGCUGCUGCUGAGAGAGCGCUGGGUCCGGGUGGUCGCCGAGCUGAGCGGGGAGAGCCUGAGCCUGACGGGGGACGCCGCGGCGGCUGAGCCCGAGCCCGCGCUGGGGCUGGCGGCGGCCGCCUUCAACGGCCUCCCGAACGGCGGCGGCGCCGGCGACUCGCUGCCCGGGAGCCCGAGCCGCGGCCUGGGCCCCCCGAGCCCGCCCGCGCCGCCGCGGGGCCCGGCGGGGGAGGCGGGCGCGUCGCCGCCCGUGCGCCGGGUGCGGGUGGUGAAGCAGGAGGCGGGCGGCCUGGGCAUCAGCAUCAAGGGCGGCCGCGAGAACCGGAUGCCGAUCCUCAUCUCCAAGAUCUUCCCGGGGCUGGCGGCCGACCAGAGCCGGGCACUGCGGCUGGGCGACGCCAUCCUGUCGGUGAACGGCACGGACCUGCGCCAGGCCACCCACGACCAGGCCGUGCAGGCGCUGAAGCGCGCGGGCAAGGAGGUGCUGCUGGAAGUCAAAUUCAUCCGAGAAGUAACGCCAUAUAUCAAGAAGCCAUCAUUAGUAUCAGACCUGCCAUGGGAAGGUGCAGCUCCCCAGUCACCAAGCUUUAGUGGCAGUGAGGACUCUGGUUCUCCAAAACACCAGAACAGCACCAAGGACAGGAAGGUCAUUCCUCUCAAAAUGUGCUUUGCUGCUAGAAACCUAAGCAUGCCGGAUCUGGAGAACAGAUUGAUAGAGCUCCAUUCUCCCGAUAGCAGGAACACGUUGAUCCUACGCUGCAAGGAUACAGCCACCGCACACUCCUGGUUCGUAGCUAUCCACACCAACAUUAUGGCUCUCCUCCCACAGGUGUUGGCUGAACUCAACGCCAUGCUUGGUGCAACCAGUACAGCAGGAGGCAGCAAGGAGGUCAAGCAUAUUGCCUGGCUGGCAGAACAGGCAAAACUAGAUGGUGGAAGACAGCAGUGGAGACCUGUUCUCAUGGCUGUGACUGAGAAGGAUUUGCUGCUUUAUGACUGCAUGCCAUGGACAAGGGAUGCCUGGGCAUCACCAUGUCACAGCUACCCUCUUGUUGCCACAAGGUUGGUUCAUUCUGGCUCUGGAUGUCGAUCACCCUCACUUGGUUCUGACCUUACAUUUGCUACCAGGACAGGCUCUCGGCAGGGCAUUGAGAUGCAUCUCUUCAGGGUGGAGACACAUCGGGAUCUGUCAACCUGGACCAGGAUACUUGUUCAGGGUUGCCAUGCUGCUGCUGAGCUGAUCAAGGAAGUCUCUCUAGGCUGCACAUUAAAUGGCCAAGAGGUGAGACUCACUGUCCACUACGAAAAUGGGUUCACGAUCUCCAGGGAAAACGGAGCCUCCAGCAGCUUGCUGUACCGCUACCCCUUCGAAAGGCUGAAAAUGUCUGCUGACGACGGCAUCAGAAAUCUGUACCUGGAUUUUGGUGGUCCUGAAGGAGAACUGACCAUGGACCUGCACUCUUGUCCGAAGCCGAUUGUAUUUGUGCUGCACACGUUCUUGUCGGCCAAAGUCACUCGCAUGGGACUGCUUGUAUGAGCAGCAAGAGUCAGAAAAGAGCCUUGAAUGUCACAAGAAGUAUUUCCACCUCAAAAAGAAAAAGAAAAAAAAAAAGCACAAAAAGAAAGCUCUUUGCUCUCCUCCAGCACAGUGCCUUGACAAGGACCUGCGAAUCACUGCUGAACCCUAACCACGUUUGAACAGAGCCUGCCUUUCACAAGUACCGUGGCCAGAAGUUCUAGGCUCUAAUAAGCUCCAAAAUGAAGCUGUUGGCUUAUUGUUAGUUUCCUAAUGUGGUUUCUAAGUAAUUGGGUUUAAUUCUCCUGUUAAGAAGGGUGGCUCAUUGUUUUUCUUUUUGGACAUAGUAAAAUAUCCAAGAAGUUGGGGGUUUUUUCUUCUUCCCAUAGGAUUCAUUUCAGACUUAGCUUUGAUCUCUGGCUUCGGAAGACAUCUCUUCCCAGGUGCUAGUUUCCAGCAGCCCCUGCUUCUUGGCCAUUCCAGACAUGUUGUACGUUGUGAUGGAGUUUUCUGUCCCCACGUGCUCCUCCCGCCCUAGGAAGUCCUCGAGUUGUAUCACCAAAGCGCUCUUCCAUGUGUCCUGGCUCUCGCUACCUCCCGCCCCCCUGUCCCCCGCCAUCCCUUCCCACUGCACCACCAGCUUUGCCACUUCUCAGUGCUUACGUUAGGACUUAGAACUUGCAGAAUUUUAUUUGCCUUGCCUUCCGCUCCCUUUCUGGUGGUGACCAAGUUGAAGAGCAAGUCGGAACCACUGCAUUGAAAGAAAAGUUUUACUUGUUUGAGAGUUUUCUAAUUUUAUCCUUGGUAGGAGCUAGGGGAUGUGGUAAGAUUUAUUUUAAAAGAAAAUCCUUAUUUUAUUUUUUCCUUGACCUAAUAAUUGAUAUUUACUUUAAUGAGAAAAUCCUCGUGUUAGCCUAAGCCAUUUUUUAUUGCUUACCAAACGUGCCUUUGGUUGGGGUUCGUGGAGCUUUAUUAGUCCCUGUUUGAAUAACUGGAUAUCACUGCCAUCCCAGGGAGGCCAUCUGUCCUGGUGUAGGAACAGCCUGCGGCAGCGCUCGGCAGCGCUGUCUUUCUCGUGGGCAGAGAUCGUUGAGGAAGAUACAUCCUGAUGAGCAAGCUUGUUUCAAGAGGAGAAUUGGUGGGUGAAGCCAGCUUUGCAGCACAAACAAAUUGUCGAGUUGCUUUGGGCUCUGUUCCUCCAUGUAGGACCCUGGCCCCGGCCCUCCCCACCUUGCAGCAGCACAGUGGUCUGGACAAGACUCAGUGUAGCUCAGUAACCCCUCCUACAGUGAGCGGGGUGAGGACACCAUGGAACGGAUGCCUGGGUUUUGCUAAGCACUGCCAGAUGCCAUCAUUAGGACACAUUACAGUAAGAUAGCUGCUUUUGUGGUACUGGAAAACACACUCAGUUAUUUAUGAUUAUGAAGGAGGUGCAUAGCUGAAACCAUUUAAAAUAGGGUAAUAGCUGUAUAAGAUGUCAACAUCAGCACAGUCCCUGGAACUGAAAGAGAAGGGAGUAGUGAGUUGGCUGUUCUCCGUGUUCUCUGAAGAAAGGUCUGGGAUUAGUUCUCCUUUACUACGUUUAUUCGGAGUGCCUAGAGGAUGUGGACAUUACAGAGGGUGGAGGAGGGCGGCACUCCCAAUAGGAAAAGAAAACAGCGGUGUGUGCAGCGCACAGCUAUUUGGUGUGAGGGCAGACUGACACAGGUGGGAUGUGAAAGAACCGACUCGAGCAGAAAGUUCUAGUUAGACGUUGUAAGCCCAUUGUCUUCACUCCUUCCCCGUGUUCAGUGAGAUUAACCACAGGCAGAGGCUGGGGAGAGAUGUCUGUUCUUCUCUCACCACCGGUCCCAAAAAUGAACUCUGAUCCACUUAAAACUGGAAAUUGAAAUCUUAGACUAGAAUAUGUCUUUCAAGAGCUUCUGAUGUUUUGAAAAUUCACAAGCCCAAGUUUGGUUCCAUCUGGAGUAAGUUGACAAGUUAGGGAAGAAAAAAAAGUACCUUGAAGGUCCAGCUGUGAUUUCUGGAAGAAGAAUUUGAAUACAGAAUACCCUUCGAUAGGGAAGCUUAGACAUUCUUUGCAGUGAAAGGAUUAAUCUGAGAAGAUGAACGAUGUAAUCACAGACUUUUGCAGCAAAGCCAUUUGGUUGAGGUUUUCUUACAGUGAGAAAGGCUAAGCCACUGAAAAGACUUUCAGGGGGAACUUCUGAGCCACCUGCUCAUUGGUUAUAUGAAAAAGAUCGGUAAAAAAGGUGUAACUAAAAUGUGGGAGGGGGAGGUAAGGCGUGCAUGCCCUUCAACCCCUUUGUUCAAGCUGAAACUGCCAUGGAUAGCCCCAAGGUCCACAGGGUUUUUAAUAUUUAAUAGGGUUUUGAGUCUUGGUGUGAAGUGGAAUUGAUGGGAGGUUUCCUGUGACAGCUUGCACCCCCAAGAGCAAGAGCCCUUCAGCUGCUUGUUUCACAUACUUCACUUUCCAGCCCCGGAUGACCGGGUUGUUCUUCCAUUAAGUGUGUUUGUGGGGUUUUCAAACCACAGGUGAAGUACUUUUUGUGAAUGAGACAGCCUUGAUAAAUAUGUGCAUGUUUUUGACCCACAGUUGGGAAUAUGAAGAGGGCUGACUGUGUCCACUGCUCUACACUGUUUUAUAAGGGGACUUGCGCGUCUGUGGAUUUGGGUCCUGGAACCAAUCCCUUGUGGAAACCAAGGAACGACUAUAGUGAAGGUUGUAGGGAGUCAAAGUUAAUUCGUGGAUUUUCGACUGCCGGGGGAGUUGGCACCCCUAAUCCCCACGUUCUUCAAGGAUCAAUUUGUACUUUGUAUUUAGAUGCCAAAAGAUGGCAAAUUAUUUUCAAAUGAUAACUAAAAAUAGGCAUUUUUCAUAUUUCACAUCUUUUACAGAACAGCUAAUUUUUCAUUUCUUUUUUAUUCUGAAUUAAGAAAAUUGUUGAGAAUGUUGUGGGCUUCCAUGUGUUGAAUGUAAAGGAAUUGCAGAGUAUGUCCCCCUCAUUCAAUGCCCCCCAAGACCUGGGCCUAGACAUCUUCUCCAUAUUCCACACAGAUGCCUAUCAAAGAAAAGGCUCAGUUAUUAUUUUUCUGAAAAAGGUAAGUCCUUUUCUGAAGUCAUCAAAUGAACCUUUCCUGGAAAUUAGUAUCUAAUAUUUUAUAUGAAGAAAUACUUUAAUGUAUGUUUAUACAGUAUUUAUAAGAUAUUUGUAACUGUAAACUCACCUACCUAGUAGACAGAGUUUCAGGUUAAAUAUUAGGGCAUGUACAGGCAAUCAAAAUAUUACUUUAAAUGUCAUUCACCUAUUUUAAAGCCAUGUUUUAGCACUUUUUAGACUAGGUAAGUCUGAUAGUGCCUGUUUUUAUCAUCUGAAAUCUCACCAACUUUGUUAUUGAAAAUUAUUGCAUGGAAGGAGAGAUUGAAUUAUUUAUUUCUUACAUUUUUAUAAGUGGAAAAAUCUCUCCAACCAACAAAUGAUUAAAGUUGUUACUGAUUAUUUGUUCUCUUAUCCUCCUAAGCAGAAUGGUAACAAAGCUUUUUUUUUCAGCUGAUUAAAUGCACUUAGCUAAUAAACCAAAAUUUAUUCUUUAAAAAAAAAGCUGUGUGGAAUCUGGAUAAGAUUAUGUUUCUUCCAGAAAAACAAUUAGUGCAAAUGCUUUUGAUGGACAAGUGUGACCACUUUUGAGAAAAGGUUAUGAUAGAUUUUUUUGUUAAUUUUCUGAGAACCUCCAGGUCUUCUUGUUUAAUUUAUAUGCAUGUGGAUAAUUUGUGUGUGUUUUUCAAAAACAUGGAAGAAUCUCCAUAUUUUUAAUGCAAAUUAUCUUGUAAGCUGCUAUGCAAAUUGUAUUAAAAGGCCUACCUACUAAAAGAGUUAAACAUUUUUGAAGCUUCAGGGAAGACCUUAUAGACUUAAGCACUUUCUCUGCUUUUUUGUGUCUUAUCUUGGAUACUUAACGCUGAAUUAUGUUAUUGUUUUCACUGGUUAUAAGCUAUUGAUUGUACAUAAUAUUUAAACCAAAUAUCCAGCAUACAUUUCCAUGUUGCUGCCAUCCACUAUCGACACCAUGAGUGAAAUGGCUGUUUGGAAACCCAAAGUUCAUGCUUUUACAAUCCUUAAUGAAGAAGUAAAAUGCCAGAUCUCUUCGGUCUCAAAACAUUGUUCUGGUCUGAUCUGACUAUCUGUGUAAGAAGAGAGACUUCUUUAAAUUGGGAUGCUUAAACUUUUAAGUUGAAUUUGACUAUAGUCAUACUCUACUUAUAUAUUUUUUUCAAGUAUAUUAUGUGGCAAGUGAUACUAUAUUCUACCUUGAGUUUGGAAAUUUCUUUCAGUUAAAUUUGAAUUGUUACAAUGGCUGCUGAAGAUGAAGACAAAGGAAUCUGCCAUCUGCUGCCAUUCUCUCUCUGUCUCGAUUUUAAUUGCUUGGAAAUCUAGAAUUAUUUUGACUUUCUUUUUUUUUUCUUUUUUCUUUAAUUGUAGACUCUUGUCCUUUAGAAUUCGGUUUGCAUACAUUCCAUCUUUAAGGGAAGUUUUUGAUAGCUCAUCAAAGAUAGCUGCAUUUCUCGGGUUCAUGCCGUGUUUGCUUCCAGUUUUUGGUUGCUCGGUUGGUGGAGUGGGAAUGUCUUUCUUCUGUGGCUCAAGAGCAUCGCGCACAUGGAUCUUCUCUUCACUAACCUUUGUUCCCACAAAUUUGGCAAAGCUCAUUUGUGUAACUCUUGCGCAGAGCUCCUGAAACUGAUCGAUGAAUUCUUUCUGUCCAUUCAAGCUUCUCGUAACUCCUCUCGAACUGCACCCAUCUCACUGAUAAGUGUGUUGAUUCCAACUUCUAGCCUCUUAAGCAGUUGUCUGUCUGAAGCAGCGAAGCCUUCUUCAGGAGCACAAUCCAUUAGAGAUUGAGGAGGUCUCACACUCACUAUUGCUUCAACCUGGCUGGCAUCAGCAGUGUCAAGAGUCGAGCCUAUAGAAGAGGUUGGACUUGUCGCUCUGGAUUCAGUCUCCUCUUCAUGCUCCAUAAGCUCGAUGAUUGGUUUUUCCUUCCUCUUCCCCUUUGAUGGUCCCGCAUCCUUGGAGCCUGAGGUUUUGCGCCUUCUUGAGUCUGCCAUAAUAGGUGGUUGGAGUCCUAUUUUGACUUUCUAUAUCCUGUCUUUAAAAACCGACACAGCAGACUUUCCCCUCCCUUUCCCUUUUUUAAGCUACAUCUUUGUGCUGAGUAUAUAGACAAUUGAUAAAUGUGUCAUGUUAGUUCUAAAAUAAUUAUGCUUUAUAUCAGGUUUAUGUUUUCUUGAUCAAUAUAGCUAUUCUCAUGGUGAAAUUUAUUUUACACUAGUAAUAGACUGCUUAAGCGGCUGAUUUGAAACCCUUUCUCUAAAAAAACAAAAUCAUCUGGCAGAUAAGUGAUAUAAGUUCAUCCUUGAAAGGAUCACAUUUCAAGUUAACGUAAAGUACAAUCAAUAGGCGCAUAGAGCGUAUCUGUUUCCUUGUCCUUUUGACACGAGCUAAACUGCCAACUGGAAGAAUGAUUGUUAUAUAUUAACUAGAAAAUGUAUUUUAACAAGAUUUCUUCUAUUGUUUCAAAACUGAUAAACUUGAACUUAAUCUCUUGCCAUUUAUUCUUCCUUUCCACUUCAGGUUCUGAACCAAAGCAUUUUCUGGGUUUUUAAAGCAACUCUGCAUUUGAUAUAAUGCAUAAAUAUGCCAUUUGCAAAUAACUGCUUGUUCUCCAAUGAGCAUUUGGUUAUAUUCAACAAAAAUCUACCAUAUGAACUGUAAUCUUUGAAUUGCCCAAAAUAGAUUGAUUGAAACUAAAAACCUAUAAUAGAGAAAUUAUCAAUACUCUUUUAUUCAGGGGUUGGACAGAAGUAGAUUUACAGUUGUUCAUUGAAGUAAUACAAUAAUUAAUAAAUAAUAAUAUAAGAAUAGCCCUGGCCAGGUGGCUCAGUUGGUUGGAGUGUCGUCCCAUACACCAAAAGGUUGCAGGUUUGAUUCCCGGUCAGGGCGUGUAUGGGAGGCAACCAACGGAUCGAUGUUUCUCUCUCUUUCUCUUUCUCUCCCCCUUCCUCUCUCAAAAAAAAAAAAAAAAAAGCCA